GGCUUGACAAAAAGAAAUACUGGUUUUGCAAGCCGACAAAUGCGACAAAGACCAUAAAUUAUGUAAGGGGGAGAGGGAGAUAGUUGACUAUGUCCACUGCGAUUUUCUACAUUCAUCACUAGCCUCGCAAACAUUCGCCGAUUUGCAGUUUAUUGUUUGAUUUCUAACUCUUAAUUUCGUAAAUCUGAACUCAAAUCCAAAUUUACCGAUCCAAAUCAGCACCAUUGAUAGGUACGAUUGUCUUUUGUAUAGAAAUUUUCACUUAUCAGGAGAAAAUGAAGUUAGGAUUUCAAAGAACAGACAACUUUGUUCUUAGUUUUGCUUCGUUUCAAUUUAGAUUUCUGUAAGCAUCACCGAAUUCUGUUUGAUAUUAUUAGGAUCGAGUUUUGAGAAAUAGAAUUUAACGGAGGUUCCAUUUAGGUUUAAAUAUAUUUUCAGCUUGUGAUAUUGCUACUUUGUUUUGGUAAUGCCUUGAAGUAAUAUUUGAGUCUCACUUUUGUUCUCUGUUUUUGAUCGAUUACUAAAACAUGUCUGAUCUAAAACGGUUUGAACACCUCAAAAUACAACUACAAGCAAUAAAAUCUGCAACCAACAACUUUGCUGAAGAUCAUUGCAUCGGAAGAGGAGGAUUUGGGAAAGUUUACAGGGGAGAACUCGACCAUUUGGAGGGUCAUACAGUGGUUGCUUUAAAAUGUUUAGAUCGGGCAUUUGGGCAAGGGGAUCGUGAGUUUUGGAAUGAGAUCCUUAUGCUUUCUCUUUACAAGCAUGAAAAUAUUGUGUCUCUUUUAGGGUUCUGUGAUGAUGAUGACAAGAAGAUCCUUGUGUACAAAUAUGCAUCUAAGAGAGGUCUUGACUUGUAUCUAAACAGCCACGAUCUAACCUGGGUUAGACGCCUUAAGAUAUGCAUUGGGGCGGCCCGCGGACUAUCGUACCUUCAUGAUUCUGAGUCUGCUGGGACACAACAAAGAGUAUUGCAUCGAGAUAUCAAGAGUUCCAAUAUCCUAUUAAAUGAAAAUUGGAAUGCUAUGAUUGCAGAUUUUGGUUUAUCCAAAUUUUGCCCUGCUAACCUGCAAUACUCACUUAUUUUCUCUAAUCCUGUUGGCACGUUUGGGUAUUGGGACCCGCUGUAUGUAGAGACAGGGUUAUUAACAAAGGAAUCUGAUGUUUACUCUUUUGGUGUGGUGUUAUUUGAAGUUUUGUGUGGGAGGUUGUGUACUGACAACUAUGAGAAAUCUCAAUCUUUUACUGAGUUGGUACGAAAGCAUUACAAACAUAACAACCUAAAUGAAAUUAUUUUUGGUGAUAUAAAGGAUGAAAUAAACACUAAUUCUUUAAAGGCGUUUUCAACAAUUGCUUAUCAAUGUUUGAAGAGAGACCGUGACAAACGUCCAUCAAUGAACGAGAUCUUAACAACACUAGAAACUGCACUUGAAUACCAGAAUGAUCCAUGCUUGUUAAUGGUUUCAUCACACCCUAAAAGGAUGCCUAUCAAAAAUAAGUUUAAACACCUCGAAAUACAACUUGAAGCUAUAAAAUUAGCAACCAAUGAUUUUGCUGAACAAAAUUGCAUCGGGGUAGGCGGAUUUGGGAAAGUGUAUAAGGGACACCUUAUCCAUUUGAAGAGGCAUACCACGUUUGCUUUUAAACGUUUUGGAAGUACACUUGGACAAGGAGACCCAGAGUUUUGGAAGGAGAUCAUAAUGCUUUCCCUUUAUAAGCAUGAAAAUAUUGUUUCCCUGCUAGGGUUUUGUGAUGAAAGAGGCGAAAAAAUCCUUGUGUAUGAGUAUGCAUCAAAGAGAAGUCUCGACUUGUAUCUUAACAAGGAUUUAACGUGGGUUACCCGCCUUAAGAUAUGCAUUGGGGUGGCUCGUGGACUAAUGUACCUUCAUAAUCCUCCUAGGACCCACCAAAAAGUCAUUCAUCAUGAUAUUAAAAGCUCCAACAUCUUAUUAGAUGAAAACUGGAAUGCUAAGAUCACAGAUUUUGGUCUAUCCGAAUUUGGUCCUACUAGCCAACAAUACCCUUUUGUUGUCUUGAAUGUUCUUGGGACGUAUGGGUAUUGUGAUCCCCUAUAUGAAAAGACAGGGUUUCUAACAGAGGAGUCGGAUGUUUAUUCCUUCGGUGUGGUUUUGUUUGAAGUAUUAUGUGGGAGGUUGAGUAUGCACAACGUUAAUGAUAAGCAUCAAGCUUUACCAUUUUUGGUGCAAAAGUGUUAUGAACAAAAUAACCUAGAUGAAAUUAUUUAUGGCAGUAUAAGGGAUCAAAUAAAUCCUGGUUCAUUGAAGGCGUUUAAAACAAUUGCUUAUCAAUGUUUGAACAAAGAACGAGAAGAACGUCCACUAAUGAAGGAGAUUGUGAGAGCCCUUGAAACGGCACUCAGAUAUCAAGGCUCAUGAUAUCAAUAUUAUGGAAUUUGACAGCUGGUUUUUCAACUGCUUUAAAAAGCUCAAACCAUUAAAUGUUCUUUCAGUUAGUUGAUUCAACGUAUGUACUUCAACUAGUAUAUGUAUAUUGCAGCUUAUUUGUGCUUUACAUUCUUAGUCAUGUUUUGUAACACAAAGCUUCCUCUGACCUUUACAAUGAUAUAUUGAUAUUAUUAUAAGUUUAAUUUGGAUUGUAC